GGCAAGGCAUUUGGGCGAGGGCAUUUGCGUUCAGCGCGCCCCCGGGCCCCGCUAAAGAAGCCCUUGAUAUUGGCAACAUAUUGAAAUCAUGCCCACCCGCUCGACCUCCUUGCUCAGCGCUAGCAGCGGCGCCGCUCCGGCUGACGAGGCGACACGGAUUCGGCUCGCGUGCGCUUACAUCGCGGAUGCUUCACACGGCUGGCGCCCAGAGUGCCACGGCGUCGACGUGCGAUCGCUCACCGCCUUCGAGCUCUUCCACUCGCGGCCGGUGCAGGCUCUGCGGUACCUCAACGUGCUCGCGUACAUGGCGAUUGCGCUGUGCGAGACGCCGGGAUGGUGCAUCACCGCUAAGGGCACGCUGGCGGCAGAGUGUGCGGCCGACUCCGGCAGCCUCGAGGCUCACCACACGUUUGGCUUCACGCCGCUGUCGCCGCUGGCGGGCGGCGCGCUCGAGGCGUGCUGCGUCCUCCUCUUUGUCCUCCAGCUCGGCCUCAAGGCGCGCUUCAUGGGCCGGCAUCGCUUCGCCCGGUCAGCCCCGGCAGUGCUCCAGCUGCUGCUGCUCACGGUGGCGGCGGCCGACCUGGCCGUCUGGUGCUCUUCGGUCUCGUGGCGCCGCACGCCGCUCUCGCGCCCGCUCCGGCCGCUCUUCAUCGUCUUCGCACACCGGAAGCUCCUCUCCACCUUCUACGCGGUCGUGCGCAUGCUGCCUGCCGUCCUCGAGCUGCUGCUGCUCAUCUCCGGGCUGCUCGCCUUUAGCGCGCUGAUCAGCUUUGUCCUCUUCGGGCCGUGGGAGCCGCCGCUGGCCGCCUUCGCCUCGUACGGCUCGUCCUUCUACUCCUCCUUCCUCCUCCUCACCACCACCAACUUCCCCGACGUCGCGCUGCGCCCGUACCGCUCCUCGCGCGCCACGGUGCUCUACUUUGUCGUCUUCCAGCUCACGCUAGUCUUCGACACGUAUCCAGCCGCAUUCGACCGCAUUCCGCUCUCUUCACUGCUCGCCCUCCUGUACCGGGCGUACGAACGGCACAUGAAGUCCGAGGCGGCGGUGCUCUCUGCAAACCGGCGCCGCGCCCUCCGCGCCGCCUUUGCGCUGCUCGUCCACGACUGGCAGUCGGCGGGCGCUGUCGACGCCCUCUCUGCUGAGGCGCUGCCGCUGAGCCGCUUCGCACCGCUGCUCGCGCGGCUGCGGCCCGACCUGUCCGCGUGGCAGAUUGGGGUCAUCUUUGAGGCGCUCGACGCGCGGAAGCGGGGCUUCCUCGACCCGGCCGAGUUCGACGCCGUGCUCUGCGCGCUGCACGUCCGCUUCGACGCAAAGGUGACGCUCGCGCUAGACGCGCUCGUGCUGCUCAACGUCGCGCUAAUCACUUGGGAGGGCAGCCUCGCCGCGCCGCCGGCCACGAAUGCCUCCACCCCCGCCUUCGAGCCCGGCUCGGGCGAAGAGCUCGCCCACGCGCACUACCGGACGGGCCCCGCCGCCGGCGGCUGGGGCGACGGCUUUCGUGACGCGGCGCCGCGGCGGGAGCGGGCGAGCCGUGCGGCGGAGUGCUGCCCUCUGCGAGCGGACGGCGUCCGCUUCACAGCGCCGGGGCGUGUGACGUGCGUCAAGCUGUGGGCUUUCUCGCGAGGCACGCUCCUCUCGGUGGUGCUGCGCGGCUGGAAUCUGUUCGACGCGGCGCUGUCCGCCUCGGGCAUCGUGCUCAUGCUCACCGUGCUGGCGGUGCGAGCGACGGCGCGGGCGACGCUGCACUUCCUCUGGCUGCUCUUCAUCGUCCUCUUCUUCUUCGCCGCCGUCGGCCUCGAGGUCUUUGGCGGUAAGUGGUUCGAGGGUGCGGUUUGUCUGGAGGGGAGCAGCUACAGCCGGCUCGGCUACCACGCGCUCAACUUCAACGACCUGCCGUCCGCUCUCGUCACCUGCUGGGUGCUCACCAACGGCAACAACUUCAACGUCUUCAUGGGCGCCGCGUACGCCUGCGCGCCGCACGCCGCGGCCACGGCCUUCUUCGGCAGCUUCUACGUGGCAGUCUUCUUCCUUGUGACGAACCUGCUCACCUCCUUCAUCCUCCAGUCCGUCGUCACCACCGCGUGGACCGGCGCCGCGAGCGAGCUGUCUGCGGCGCCGUGGCAAGCCGAGGAGGCGGACCUGAGCGUCGCGGAGCGGUUUGCGCGCGCGUGCGAGGAGCGUCUCAGCGCCGAGGGCAGCCAGGACUCGGUCACGGUGCGCUCGGACCAGGCCGAUGGGUACGCUGCGCUGGUGGGUGCUUUUGGGGGGGCAGGCGCCGAGCGGCCUCGCGGCGGCGCCGGCUGCGACGUUAGCCGUUCCGCGUGCCGCAGCGAGGCGGCGGCAGCGCAGGCGCAGACGGUCCUCCGGCAGUACACCAGCGGGUAGUCGUCUCGGGGGUGUCUCUCGCGCCGUCUCAGCAUACUCUCUAACGUAUCUACACUCCAAGGUGUGUGAGAUUGUGUGUGCACUGACCAAUGUUAUGUAGAGCCGUGAGAGAGGUAGCUAAGAGCAGAGAGAGUCGCAGUUUCUGCGCCCGAGUCGCGACAUGCAACAACCUCCCCCCGCGAGUACAUUUGACACACGAGAUGUUGAGAGAGGUGCAAAAGU